AUAAACGCGGCGCAGGCGGACGGUUCUCUCUUUCUGCGGUGGGUGCUAGAGGUGGUUGGUUUGUCUGUGUGCUGCUCUGCCGCCACCGUCAUGGGCUUCGGGGACCUCAGAUCCGCUGCCGGCCUCCAGCUCCUCAACGACUUCCUGGCCGACAAGAGCUACAUCGAGGGGUAUGUGCCCUCCCAGGCUGACAUUGCCGUUUUUGAAGCCGUGUCUACACCGCCUCCUGCUGACUUGUUCCACGCUCUCCGCUGGUACAACCACAUUAAGUCAUAUGAAAAGCAAAAAGCAAGUUUGCCAGGAGUAAAGAAGGCUUUGGGGAAAUAUGGUCCUGCUGAUGUUGAAGACUCCACAGGUACAACCACAGAUAGCAAAGAUGAUGAUGACAUUGAUCUCUUUGGAUCUGAUGAGGAGGAGGAAAGUGAAGAAUCAAAGCGACUGAGAGAAGAGCGUCUUGCUCAAUAUGAAUCUAAGAAGUCCAAAAAACCAACUCUUAUUGCCAAAUCAUCCAUCUUACUGGAUGUGAAACCCUGGGAUGAUGAGACAGACAUGGCCAAAUUGGAGGAGUGUGUCCGAAGCAUUCAGACAGAUGGAUUAGUCUGGGGAUCUUCCAAGCUGGUUCCAGUUGGCUAUGGUAUCAAGAAGCUUCAAAUUCAGUGUGUAGUUGAAGAUGAUAAAGUUGGUACAGAUAUGUUGGAAGAGAGAAUAACAGCCUUUGAAGAUUAUGUACAAUCAAUGGAUGUAGCUGCUUUUAACAAGAUCUAAACCCUGCUAUAUCUGGAAUAAAAGUACUUGAAAGCUU